CCCCUCUGCGGCGUGGGGCACGGGGAGGAGGAGGAGGAGGAAGGUGCGGGAAGCGAGGCGGGCUGCCGGCCCCUUCUCCUGUGAGGGGCCGCCCUGCAGCCGCCUCCGCCGGCCGGUGAGACUGGUUCGCCCGCGCUCCUUCUUCCCCCGCCGCUGCCCUCAGGGCUUUCCUUCCCCCCAGCGCCGCCGAGGCGGCAGCGGGCGGUAGCUGCGCCCCCCGCAGCGCCGCGCCUCCCGCCCCGGGGCCGUGAGGGGGGGGAAUCGCCGCGGGGCGGCGGUGCCAUGGCGCGGAGCGGCACAGAGACCGCCCGCCGCACUCCAGCUUUCCUGAUCGAUUUUUUUACCCAAAUCCUCGGUUCUGUGGCAUGUGGCUCCGCCGGCACCCCUCACAGAACACUGAGGUUGCUCCGUAUUCGCCACACGCGCGGGGAAAGGCGGCAUAACGGCGGCGGUCACCCCCCGCCCGGGCCGGCCGUCACGGGGCCCAGUAGCGCGGCCUCCACCUUCAGCGAGCCAUGGCUGGGAAUGGAGUCCUGGUUCCUAGCUGAAGCUGCAUUGCGCAGGGCAUCGAUACAGCCUGCUGAGCUGGGGGAGGUGGAAGUGGCAUGAGACACAGCCACAAGAUCAAGUGCUGUGUUACAGCACAGGGUGUGUUACGGUCAGCCUGGAUUAUUGAAACAGCUUCAGCUCUUUUUUCCUCUCUGUGGCAACCCCAAAUCUCCCUGAGCACUACUGUCAUGCUACAGAUUACAUAAAAAUAGGCACUGGCAGAGAAGCUGGGGCACUAAUACCUUAAGACCUACAUUUUCAUGCUUGCUUGACUUGCAAAACAGCAGCCCACCUCUUCAAGACUUCUAAGAGUGUGAAAUCUUACAAAACGGUGUUAGUGCACUUUGGUACUGAAAUGAUGACUACUCUAGAAGCUGUCAAGAAGAAGCAAAAUUAUACUAGUGUCCAUGAGGCAGUGAAAGCUGGUGAUGUAGAACAGCUUGCAUCAAUAAUAAAAAGUGGAGCUGGUAUUAACGAGGUGGAUUUAGUCCACAAAUUCACACCAUUGCACUCUGCUGCACACUCUGGAAGUCUCGAGUGCCUUCACUGGUUGCUCUGGCACGGAGCUGAUGUAACGCACGUAACUGUUGGAGGCUGGACAGCAGCUCACCUUGCAGCUAUCCGAGGUCAGGAUGCUUGCAUGCAGGCUUUGUUAAUAAAUGGAGCAAACGCAGAAGCUCAAGACGAUCGUGGGUGCACACCGUCACACUUAGCUGCAGCCCAUGGGCAGUCGUACACCUUGCAAACCAUACUGCGGAGCGGAGUGAAUGUAAAUGUUUCAGACAGGAAUGACUGGAAGCCUGUUCAUUAUGCUGCUUUUCAUGGUCGCCUGGGGUGUUUGCAGCUUCUUGUUAGAUGGGGAGCGUGUAUAGAUGAUGUGGAUAACAAUGGAAACCUUCCAGCUCAUCUGGCAGCAGUGGAAGGACACUUGCAUUGCUUUAAGUUCUUGGUCAGUAAAAUGGCCAGUGUCAUGCACACACUGAAAGCCAGGAAUGACCAAGGAGAGACUCCAAGGGACUUGGCUGAACGGUUCUAUAAAGAUAAUAUUCUGCAGUAUAUUGAUGAUGUGGAAAAAGAGGGGGAGCAUCUGGAGACACAGGAAGUUUUAGCUUUCCCAGCUCAUGGCGCUGCUUUCAAAGGGGACUUGUUAGUGCUUAGAAGAUUAGUGAGCAGUGGAGUAAUCAACGUUAAUGAGCGGGAUGAUAAGGGAUCCACUCUUAUGCACAAAGCGGCUGCACAGGGACAUAUCCAUUGCUUACAGUGGUUGGUGGACAUGGGAGCUGACUGUGACAUUACAAAUGAUGAUGGAGAGACUCCAAAGGAUGUAGCCAAGAGAUUUGCCCAGCUGGCAGCUGUGGAACUUUUGACACAAAGAACUGGAGACAGUAACUCUAGUGAUGAAGAACUAGAUGCAAACAACAUAAAGUUUUUUGAAAGACAUGGUGUGGAAGGGAGCACAGAUAGCAAAGAAGAUUUAACCCUGGAUAAAGCAGAGAAAAGGAACGCACGCAUAAGGGCCUAUCGCAAGAUUCAAGAACUUCAGCAACUUCUAGAAAUUGCCUACAGUAACUACAGACAGCUGGGAGGAAUAACUGAAGAGGAGAAGAAGAUGAAAAAAGAAGAAAGGGAAGCUGAGAAGGCUGUGAGGGAGCUGGAGGCCCAGCUGGAAUACGAACGAGUCAGGCGGGAGAAGCUGGAGAGCCAGCUGGAUGACUACCGUGCUGAGAUAAACCGCCUUAGGGAGAGCCUGGAGAAAUCCUGCAUCCCCCCUCCUCUCCCCCCGAUUACCGCAAAUACCACAAAAAUCACCACCAGCAAGUAUACUACCACAAAAUCACCACCAGAAGUGGAGACCAUCUUCGAGUCUUGCAAAGAAAAAAAGAAAGUAAAGAAGAAACUGGCAUGCAGCCCUGGAGGAGUGUUUGUGAGACGGCGCUGAGGAGUGAACCUCUGACGAGGGGCAGGCAGACUAAGAAGGUGCAGAAGAGGAAAAUAAAAAAUGGUUUUACAAAUUCAGAAAACUGCUGACCAAAUUAAUCAGUCAUGUAAGUGUUACCACGCAUGUAUGCAAUUACUCCUCUAUAAUUUCUCUCCCAACAGACCAACUUGUUCUUGAUUAAAUAUCCUAACUAGUGUGUUCGAUCUGUAUAGCCACAUAUAAUCUGCUGAGAACCUUCCUCAGAAUAAAGGAAUUAUUUUGUAGCUAUGAUGAUCAUGUUAUUCUAAGACUAAAGACAAUAGAAAAAUACCAAAAUGCUCUCAAGAAAAAGUGAAUCAUGUCUCAAACACCAGUUUAAUGAAAUUGUUGCAAAGAAAUGGCUGGCUGCUCUCCCUGGUUAAUGGUGAUGGGACUGUACCAGAAUCACCCUUAAAUAAAAUUACAGAAGAUGAUUCAAA